AUGACGAUUCUCUCGAAAAUUUGGGCACCAUCAAAUGGGAUUCUUGGCACAUUGCCAAGACAUCAGAUGAGACUCAUCUCGAUGACGUCAUCAGCGAAUGCGAAGAUUUUCAAAUCAGCAGAAGAGGCGGUGAAGGAUAUUCCAAAUGGAUCCAAGUUGUUGGUUGGAGGUUUCGGACUCUGUGGAAUCCCGGAAAAUCUGAUCACAGCCCUCACCAAGACUGGUCAAACCGGCCUGACCUGCGUCUCAAACAACGCCGGAGUCGACAAAUGGGGACUCGGUUUAUUGCUUCAAACUCGUCAAAUCAAAAAGAUGAUCUCAUCGUACGUUGGAGAGAACGGAGAGUUCGCACGACAGUAUUUGAGUGGAGAACUCGAAUUGGAAUUCACUCCACAGGGAACGUUGGCCGAGAGAAUUCGCGCCGCUGGAGCUGGAGUUCCCGCUUUUUACACGCCAACUGGUUAUGGUACACAGAUUCAGGAAGGAGGCGCCCCGAUCAAGUACAGUAAGACAGAGAAGAUGAAGAUUGAAAUCGCGAGUAAACCAAAGGAAACUCGUCAAUUCAACGGAGUCAACUACGUGUUGGAAGAGGCGAUUUGGGGAGAUUAUGCGUUGAUUAAGGCGUGGAGAGCCGAUACUUUGGGAAAUAUUCAAUUUAGACAUGCUGCUGGAAACUUCAACAAUCCAAUGUGUAAAGCAUCGAAAUGUACCAUUGUCGAAGUGGAAGAAAUCGUUGAGCCCGGAGUGAUCGCCCCCAACGACGUGCAUAUUCCAUCGAUCUAUUGUCACCGUCUUGUCCUUGGAAAAGAUUACAAAAAACCAAUUGAACGACCAAUGUUCGCUCAGGAGGGACCAGUCAAACCAUCGACAUCUUCUGCUGGAAGAUCGAGAGAAAUCAUUGCGGCACGUGCUGCUUUAGAGUUUACGGAUGGAAUGUAUGCUAACUUGGGAAUCGGAAUACCGACAUUGGCACCAAAUUAUAUUCCAAAGGGGAUUACUGUACAUUUGCAGAGCGAGAAUGGUAUUAUUGGAGUGGGUCCAUACCCAAAGAAAGGAACCGAAGACGCCGAUCUCAUUAAUGCUGGAAAAGAGCCGAUCACUCUUCUGAAAGGAGCAUCGAUCGUUGGCUCAGAUGAGUCAUUUGCAAUGAUUCGUGGAUCUCAUAUGGAUAUUACUGUACUCGGAGCACUUCAAUGCUCCAGAUUCGGAGAUUUGGCUAAUUGGAUGAUUCCGGGCAAACUCGUGAAAGGAAUGGGCGGUGCAAUGGACCUUGUCUCAGCACCGGGAGCCCGUGUCAUCGUAGUAAUGGAGCACACUUCGAAGAACGGAGAGCCAAAGAUUCUCGAGUCUUGCGAACUCCCACUGACCGGAAAAGGAGUGAUCUCUCGAAUUAUCACAGAUAUGGCUGUAUUCGAUGUGUGCACAAAGAACGGAUUGACACUGAUUGAAGUACGAGAAGACUUGACUGUUGAUGAUAUUAAGAAGGCCACCGCCGCUCAAUUUAAGAUCUCGGAGAACUUGAAACCAAUGGGACAGGCGCCGCUGAAUCAAUAG